AUGACAAGAGAUAUUAUUGCUGUUCCAAUAACUUCAGUAACCACUGAAGCGACAUUUAGUAAAGCAGAAGGAUUAUUAAUGGCUAUCGAUCAAAACUUACUCUGGAAACUGUUGAAAUAUUAA